AUGGUGACUGCUCUCCCAGGGGAACUGCGGGGCUCCCCCACCCUCAAGCUUUCGCCGAGCCAGCCCCUAACCUGCGGAGCCGCGGGGCCCCAGCAGCCUGGAUUUGCCGCCGCCGCCGCCGUAGCCACAUCGGAGCUGCGACCCCGGUCCUCGCCCCCGUCCCGGGUCAGCGCUGGUGGCCGCUGUGACGUCCCGCCGAGGCGCGGGAGCUACCGCUGCCGCCGCCCCUCCGGAGCGCCCCGAGCCGAGGAGGAGGAGGAAGAGGAGGAGGAGGACGAGGGCAGCGGCCACAGCACCGGGGAGGACUCGGCCUUCCAGGAGCCUGACUCGCCGCUGCCGCCCACCCGCAGCCCUGCGGAGUCCGGGCCGGCCGCCGAGCCAGAGUCCAGCGGCCGGGGCCCGACUCCAGGCCCGCUGGAGGAGGAGAUGCCUCUGGUCGAUGAGGGAGGCCCCGGCGACGGGGACGCGGGAGGCGCUGAGGGCGACUCGUGGGAGGAGGAAGGCUUCGGCUCCUCAUCCCCGGUCAAAUCUCCCGCUGCCGCCGGUGCCUACUACUUGAGCAGCCCCCUGUCGCCGCUCCGUGGGGAUCGCUCCCCGCGCGGCCGCCAGCGCCGGGACGGCUCCUGCUCUCCGGUGCCUGACUACCCGGGCACACCGCCGCACAAGACCUUCCGCAAGCUGCGGCUCUUCGACACGCCGCACACCCCCAAGAGUUUGCUCUCCAAAGCUCGAGGAAUAGAUUCCAGCUCUGUUAAACUUCGAGGUGGUUCUCUUUUCAUGAGCUCAGGAAGAUCAGAAAAACAAGGAUUUGACAUGAGACAGACCCCUCAAGUGAAUAUUAAUCCAUUCACACCAGAUUCAAUGUUGCUUCAUUCUUCAGUACAAUGUCGUCGAAGGAAAAGAACACACUGGAAUGACUCCUGUGAUGAAGACAUGGAAGCAAGUGAUGGGGAGCUGGAAGAUGAGCCUGCCAGGCCUGCCAAGAGAAUUACAAUCACAGAAAGUAACAUGAAAUCAAGAUAUGAAAGUGAAUUUCAUGAAUUGGAGAAAAUUGGAUCAGGAGAAUUUGGUUCAGUAUUUAAGUGUGUAAAGAGGCUGGAUGGAUGUAUCUAUGCCAUAAAGCGAUCAAAGAAGCCACUGGCUGGUUCUGUUGAUGAACAGAAUGCUUUAAGAGAAGUCUAUGCCCACGCAGUACUUGGACAGCAUUCUCAUGUGGUUCGAUACUUCUCUGCAUGGGCAGAAGAUGAUCACAUGCUGAUACAGAAUGAGUAUUGUAAUGGUGGAAGCUUAGGGGAUGCCAUAAGUGAAAACUACAGAAGCAUGAAUUAUUUUUCGGAAACAGAACUUAAAGAUCUCCUCAUACAGGUUGCUCGUGGUUUGAAAUAUAUUCACUCAAUGUCAUUGGUACACAUGGAUAUCAAGCCUAGUAAUAUUUUCAUAUCUAGAGUGUCAAUCCCAGGCACGGCUGAGGAAGGGGACGAAGAUGAUUGGACAGCCAAUAAAGUUAUUUUUAAAAUAGGAGAUCUUGGACAUGUAACUAGGAUAUCCAGUCCACAGGUAGAAGAAGGUGAUAGCCGUUUCCUUGCAAAUGAAGUUUUACAAGAGAAUUACACUCAUUUGCCAAAGGCAGAUAUUUUUGCUCUGGCCCUCACUGUGGUGUGUGCUGCUGGCGCUGAACCGCUCCCCACAAAUGGAGACCAGUGGCACGAGAUACGUCAAGGAAAGCUGCCACGGAUACCCCAAGUCCUCUCCCAAGAACUGACAGAUUUGCUGAAGGUCAUGAUUCACCCUGACCCUGAGAGGAGACCGUCAGCGGUGGCGCUGGUCAAGCACUCAGUGUUACUCUCUGCCUCCAGGAAGAGUGCUGAGCAGCUACGCAUAGAACUGAAUGCAGAAAAAUUCAAAAACUCACUCCUGCAGAAAGAACUAAAGAAAGCACAGAUGGCAAAAGCAGCUGCAGAGGAAAGAGCUCUCUUUACAGACAGAAUGGCCACUCGGUCCAGCACGCAGAGUAACAGAACAGCACGCCUCAUAGGGAAGAAGAUGAACCGAUCUGUUAGUCUGACUAUAUAUUGAACCAAACCAUGGACCUAUCCCGAAAACCUGUGAUGAGGAGACGCGAAGGGAUAAUCCCUGUGCUCUCACUUUCCCAUCUUUCAUGUCUAUAGUUUUACUGAAAACCCUUCUAUGGGUUUUAUUUGUGAAUUACAGUUGGAAGCUGUAUUUUGACGAUUGGUGUUUCUCUUGGACGUGGUACUGGUCUUGUGGUCUGUUUUACCUAGACCCCCCCAGCUGUGCUCCUGCUCCGCAGCCAUCCCAGGGUUAGCCACUACUGUGGUGUGCUGCUUGGAGAUUGCUGAUGCGUCGUGUACCGGAAGGCAUCGAUCUUUCCCUUAGAGACCAAUCAGGAGGACUGUAGGGCUUUGAUGCAAGUCAGAUUCUGCCUUUGUACGAAGGAAAAUAGUGCUGAAAUGACUCAGUACCACCCAUCCUUAACGUACCUGGUGUCAACCUUUUUUUUGUUCACUUGUGAAUUUUACUUGUAUAUUCAACUGGGAGCACUUUGUAGGCAUUGCAUAAACCAUGGGAUAAUGUCCCAUGGGAGUAUUUGCCUUGUGAAUUUGCUGCUAUCUUAGUUUUGUCUUCGCUGUAAAAUUGUAGCAUUAAAACAAUCAUUGUUAAUAGGCUUUCUGUUGAAACAAUUAUGUAACAUAUAUAAGCUGCUCAGGAAAAAGCAGCUUUUCCCCCUCCUGUUUUUCUUGGAAGCUAGUGCAUUAGAAAGAUGAUGCACCUUUGUCUCUUUUUGGAACUCUGUAUUAAUGUAGUAUAAUUAUUACUGGUUUUGUAAUUCUUCCCAAUAAUGACCUUCUAGCCCUACCCUUUCCAAAUUUUAAAAUGUUUUCCCCUUUCCUUUUCUCUACUCCCAAGUAUUUGUACUGGGUUGUACUGUUAGUCUGUUUUUAAAUGUUUUGCUUGGUUUUUCUUUGAUAUUCAUGUAUAUAAAUUGAUCUUGCUGAUACUGUACAGACCUACAAUCUGAAAAUACCUGAAUGACUUCUUUCUAUUCCAAGUUUUUCGUGAAACAAACCUUGACUGUAAAUUAGCCUCUUAAACUAAUAAUAUAGACUGUUAGUGGAUUUUGCCCCAAAUAGAACUGACUAUUACUGGUUUGUCUCUCAUUAAUUUUGGUUUCAAACAUGUUUACACUUGUCUGGGUUCACUUUAAGUUUGUUUUUUUUAGGGUUGAUGAGCAUAUUAAAAGUCAUUCGGAGCUUA